AUGGAGUCGGAUAAAGAAUUCCCAACCGAACUGCAAUCCAUAACCUUCCAGAUCCUUAGCUCCAACGACACCGCACAUAUGGAAGCUAUCUUCUACAAUCUCUUCUCUCCCGAACCUAAACCCAAACCUCACUCCGAAGCACUCGCCUUCCUCCAAUGCUCCAAGAAACACCACCCGGAUCUCCUCUUCAUCAAGCUCUUCUUCCUCCUCCGAUGCGGCGCCACCCCGCUCACGCGCGCCAACUCCGCACGCGCCCUCCACCUCCUCAACCAACCGGACAUCUGGCCCAAACUCAAGCCCAUCGCCCAGGCCAGCCUUAAGUCCCACUUCACAGCCUACCUCAAGGAAGAAACCUCCCUGCACGUCCUCAGGCUCGUUGCACCCGUCCUCGCCGAAACCCUUUCCAUUAUAUAUAAAGACCACCAACAACAAUGGCCUGAGCUUCUUGACUUAUUAGUGUCGUUUACUGCCUCAAACGACGACAAGUCCCGCGAAACGGCUCUCUUGGUUUUCGCCAAUUUGCGCAAAGACUGCCGUUUACGCGUUUCCGAUGCGCUCCGCGGGGCAGUUCCCGUGCUCCGCACCUCGUUUAUGGAAUCGCUGGGAUCAUCCAACGUUGACAUUCAGGUGGCGGCUUUCGGCGCCGUCGUGAGCCUCGUCCGUUUGUUCUCCGAUCCAUGCGUGUUCCAUGAGCUCCUCCGCGCUAUGAUGGUGGCGGCUUUCGCUCUCCUGCAUGACUCCGACGGGAGCUAUUUUCGGCGCGCUUUCGCGGAGAUGGUGAGGCUAGUGAUGGAGGAACCGUCCCCACUGAAGCCUUAUGCGAGCGACAUGGUACUCGACGUGCUCCAGAUCGUGGAGAGCGACGCAGGUUUGAGCAUCGAGACGCAGCAAGCUGCGUUCGAGCUGGUGAUGGCGAUGACGGAGGUGGAGGAUUAUGCGACGGUGCUGAAGAGCCAUAACCACCAGACUCUGGUCAGGGUUUUCAUGAUCCCGAUGAAGAUGCUGAUGUUCGUUGAGGACGAAGAUGAUAAAAAAGAGAAAGACGGGUGUGGUGUGUACAAAGUUGGAUUGAAGUGGUUGAAUCGGCUUUGCGUGACGGUUGGAGGGGACAUAGUUGUGAACAUUGGCUGUCAUAUUUUAAACAUUUUCUUGGAUUCACCGUACUGGAAGAAGCGCCAUGCAGGGAUUGCUUUGCUCACUGUGCUUUCAAAAGAUUUCUCAGACGAAAUGGUGAUGAGAGAAAAUUUUCUAAUGGAAGUUGUAGCAAAAUUUUUCAAGUCAUUCCAAGAUUGCCAUGAUCGAGUUCGGUUGGCAGCUUUUAGCUUUAUGCAGAUGCCUACAAACUUUGUCCAAGCGAUGCAUGUCCUCUAUCAUCAUAGGCUUAUGCAUGCCUUUGCCGCUGCACUUGACACUACCCAGAACUAUAAAGUCAAGGAACAAACAGCAUCGGCAAUGCUAUUUUUUCUAAAGACUACUCUUCCAGACAGCUUAAUAUUGUACAAGAAUGCAGAUGUUAUAACAAACAAAUUUUUGUCAAUACUUAAGGGUAAAGAAGGUGCUAAGCUUAGAAGUAUUGCUCUGGUAACUCUCAACAUAAUUGCACAGCAGUGUCAUGAAUUAGCUCACAAGUAUUGUGCGAGUUAUCUUCCAAUCUUACUAGAAGAAUGUCAGGACAAUAAUUCUGAAAUCAAAGAGGAAGCAACACGUGGAAUUCGAAUAUUUGCAGAACUUGGAACACCUCAUUUAAAGCCUCUUGUCAAUAGGAUACUGUCAUAUCUCAGUAGUGUUUUGAUCAAAGAACCAAAUCAUUCAAUUUCGGAGAAUGCAAAAGUAUAUGAUAUAGCAGUUUCUGUUCUAGGAAGAAUUUGUGAGUUCCAUCGUGACACCAUUGAUGGCUCAAAGAUUGUUCCUGCCUGGUUAAGUUGCUUGCCACUUAAAAAUGAUUUGAUUGAGGCCAAACUCAUGCAUGAACAACUUUGCUUAAUGGUUAAAAGACUAGAUAAGGAUCUUUCAGGAGCUGGUAACCAAAACCUUCUCAAGGUUCUCGUAGUGUUCCUUGAGGUUAUUGAUAACGGUGACAAACUAGGUUCACCUCAAACAAUAACGCAGAUGAACAAUUUGUUGAGGCAGCUUGGACGGAACAUUCCUCGUACGGCGAUUAAUACAGUUUUGUUUUCUUUAGAUGACCGGCAACGGGAACUGUUGUUGCCUUUCCUAGCGUCCUAG